AAGUGUUUCCCAUUUUCCUUGCCCCAUUUCUAGAGUGAUAAAAUACCAAAAAGUGAGGAGAGAGAAAGCUCUUAGAUCGACUAUGGCAUCCUCCAAGGAACGUGAAAACUUCGUCUACGUCGCUAAGCUCGCUGAACAAGCCGAGCGUUAUGAAGAAAUGGUGGAUGCGAUGAAAAGUGUGGCUAAGCUGAAUGUUGAAUUAACUGUUGAAGAGCGAAACCUUCUGUCGGUUGGGUACAAGAAUAUAGUAGGUGCUCGCAGGGCAUCGUGGAGGAUCCUGUCCUCAAUUGAACAGAAGGAGGAAGCUAAAGGAAACGAUCUGAGUGUGAAGCGGAUUAAGGACUAUAGGAAAAAAGUGGAAUCGGAGUUAUCCAAUAUCUGCAUCGAUAUCAUGGAUAUUAUUGAUAACCAUCUGAUUCCCCAGUCCUCCGGUGAAUCCAAUGUCUUCUACUAUAAAAUGAAAGGUGACUAUUACCGCUAUCUGGCUGAAUUUAAGGCUGGUGACGAGAGAAAAGAGGCUGCUGAUCAGUCCUUGAAAGCAUAUGAGGCAGCUUCCACUGCAGCAGAGGCUGAUUUACCUCCCACACAUCCCAUCAGACUGGGUUUGGCUUUGAACUUCUCUGUCUUUUAUUAUGAAAUUUUGAACUCUCCUGAAAGGGCUUGUCACCUUGCCAAGCAGGCAUUUGAUGUAGCAAUCUCUGAGUUGGAUACUCUGAGUGAGGAAUCUUACAAAGACAGCACACUCAUUAUGCAGCUUCUGAGGGAUAACCUCACCUUGUGGACUUCUGACAUCCCUGAAGAUGGAGCUGAAGAACAAAAGGGGGAUUCUGCCCGAGCUGCUGGAGGUGAUGAUGCAGAGUAAAGUGACGGAGAUAUUACUGGCCGGGGGUUUGUGGUGUGAAUACCAGAUUCUAGUCUCUAUGCAACUUUUUGUGGUUUUAUGUUUAAUGUUUUCUCGUUGAAGAAAGUUAUAUCUCAUCAUUAGGAUGUUGUAAUAGUUAGCGAAGUUAAUGUCUAGAAAAUUGCAAAUCCUGGGGCUUUCCUCUUCAUUUGACAAUUGAAAGCAGCGUUGUCAACGUUGCGUUAGGUGCUGUACACGUCUUUGUACUGCUGGAGACUUGAGUUAAGAUCAUCCGUGGUUGGCUGUAAUUUAAUUGAACCUUCGAUUUUAUUUAUAUCUAUCCAAAAGAUGCCGUCGUGCAUUCUUUUUCGUCAG